AUGAUUCAAAUUGAAGAUAAACGUUUAACUAUUCUUAUUGCCACAACAGGUGUAAUAUCUGAUCAAUUACCACCAUCACAGAAUAAUGAAGAUCAAACACAACCACCUAGUUCCGCCAUGUUUACUCUCUGGAAUCUCAUUGCUGAUUUAGUUGAUACUCAGAAUUUGAAAGAAGAUCAACAGCAGCAAAUCAUGGACUUCUAUGCCAAAGCGCGAACAAUGGUUCCUCGUUUGGUUUGCUUAGUUCAAUUAUUUUUAAACUGUAUGCAAAUACUUGAGCAGGUGAAAGAUUUUGUCGUUUUUAGUGAAGGUGACAAUUCCAAUUCCUUCAUUAAUGAAAAUUUUAUAAGAAAUGUAGAAGCUAUUAUUAAAAAAGAUUACUAUAAGUAUGAUAAAACUUACCUGACGAGCAUUGAAAGUGAUAAAGAAGUAACAGAUCCAAUGAUUAUUGUCAACAAAGAUGCAGUAUUAAUUGGAUGGCAAUUGUAUGAAUAUUAUCUCCGAAUUGCUACCAAAUUAUUUACGAUUAAUUACACUUUUCGAACUAAGUCGAUGCCAUUACCAUCUUCCGUUUUAAAUCGACAAAAAUCACUGAAACAAUUGAUCAUGUACUUCGACUUUAACAUUUUUCCGACAUCAGCAAUAAGUGUAAAGCACCCUGUCACUGGCGAAACUGGAAUAAUAAAAAAUCGACCAGCGUUGGGAGAACGUGCAAUUAACGAGCUAAUGCAAGAUAAUUUAUUGAAAUAUAAUUACUUUUUGACCAAUGCUCGCGGAUAUAACGUAAAAGCUUAUAUGAAAAUACCACCACCAUCAGUGAAUGAUCCAACGCGAGAAGAAUUUGUUGCUAAGAUGUUAAAACAUGACAUAAAUAUUGAUGAAUAUUGUGCAAUAUAUGAAAAGUGUUCCAUUCCAUUGAAUCAUAAUCUUUCCACAUUGGCAUUAAGAAUCUUUGCAAGUAGUUCUUGUUUAGUUAAUCAAUAUGCAAAGUAUCGAGGUGUAUUGAACAAUACAAUACAACAACAUGUUGCUAAUUCAGUUAUUCGUGAAACCGAUACUGGGUGUUUUAUUAUCCAAAAUCAGGAUGCAUUUACUGUUCAGUUCCAUGAUAUUGAAAAUUGGGUUGUGGUUACAUGUGUAGAAAGAACAAAUAAUCCAGGUCAACCAACUACAACGAUCUUUCAUGCACCACCAUUCAAAGGACCAAAUCAAACUACAACACCAGCUGAAGUUAACACGUUCCCAGAUAUCGUUGAAGAGAGUUCUGUGACACAGCAUCAAUAUUGCAUUGAAGUAUUGAGUAAUCAACAAAAUAUAAACAUAACUCAGAUAUCUCCACCUGAACAUAAUAAUUCUUUCGAAAGUAUUCAUAAUUUAUCAGCAAUGUCGUGUGAACAAAUUGAUAAUGUUGAACAUAAUAGUUCACAUAUACUUGUACAACCAACAGUUAGAGAAAUAACAAAUAUUUGUGAAGAUAGACAUGAGCUUGCGGUGAAAAAAGCUAUGAAAAAUAUAAUGUCUUGGAAAUCUGUCAUAUUUACAAAAACUGAUUUUAGUCAAAUUUGUAACAAAUCAAGUGUCAGACAAGAUGCAGUAGAACGCUUAAUUAAUUCAAAGCUACUCACGCAUGGAGAUAAUUAUUGGAUAGAGCCAAGUCGUUCAAAAAAAGUGCCAAAGAAAAACGAUAAACGUAUACUGAGAGAAGGAUGGAUCAAAAGUGGUCCGUUGUUCAAUACAGAUGCAGCUAAACUUGAAUUCAUCCAAUUAUUACAAAAAGAGGUUAAUCUUACAUAUGAAGAUUAUCUCAAAUGCUUUUAUCCUCAACAGCAAGAAAACGUUUUCACAGUUAAUAAUUGGACUUUGUCAGACGAGUUUAUUGAAAAGAUGGAAUCAAAUUUCUUCUAUAAAGAACACGUACGAUGGAAUGAGAAACAAUUUCGACCAUUUGUUAUGACAGUUGAUGAGAUAAACGUCGAAAGUGAAGCAUCAACAUCAAUUCCACAAUCUUCACAUCUGAAAAAUUAUGAAAAAAAGACAACAAAUAACAAUACACAAAAUAUUGAAAAACAAAUGUCACAUGAUGAGGAAGAAGUAGUACAUACUCAAUCACAACCUGUUGGUAGAAAAAGAAAAGCCGAAACUGAUGAAAAUUAUGGUGAACACCAGCAAACACGAACACAGACUAGAAAAUUAAGAAGAAACUAA